AUGCAUUUCAAAACUACCCCUACACAACCCACCAAGGUGGUGUCCACUGUCAACGGCUUCCACUUGGGACCCGAAAAUCCAGGCCCAGACUCGUCCGCGAUACGGGGCUCCGAGAGCGAGAGCGAGCGAUGGCGCAAUGACUACACCAUGCAUAACGUGGCUUUCGAAACAACAGGGUCUUGA